CAACGUCUCAUAUUCCAUUGAUACCGAGCUGACCGCACACAACAACAACGUCCAAAAUGGCCUGGGCUGCAAGAGAUGCGCUCCGCCCUUUUCUCCUCGUCUCCCGUCUGUUCGCAUGGCUGAGUGCUGUCAUCGUCAUGGGCAUCACGGCUUGGGCCGUGACCAAGAGGGAUGGCUACAGAGUGGUCUAUCCGCUGGUGAUUGCUGUUCUAACAACAGCGUUUUAUAUUCCUGCGAUGGUAGUAUCAGCUAUGAAACGUAACCGCGGAUACAUGCUGCCCUUGGACAUUGUCUUUUCCUACUUGUGGCUUGCAGCAUUCAUCUUCCUUGCCCAGCACAUUGGGCAAGAGAACUGUCGAUGGUUCUCUUUCGGUGUCUCAAGCUCAUGCACCCGCAAGAGAACUGCCGAAGCCUUCUCUUUCCUGGCUUUCUUCUGGACUCUCUGCGCCAUGUGCUUUGAGAUCUUCAAUUUCUACUAUAGUGGAAGAGAGGGACCAGUGGGAAUGCACCCACAUGCCGAGAAACAUCCUCAUCCGGAUGCCGGCCGUGCUCCUGCGGAUGCGCCUGCCGAUGUCGCGCAACCGGCUGCUUAAAUAACAGCUUAAUUAUUGACAUUUCAGGAUUCGUUUGUCCUCAUCGUACUGCUGUACUUGAAACCUCUGAAAUCUGGGCUCGACGCUUUGAACUCGACAUAUGGAAUGUCCGCUUUGGUUGAUUGCGCUGAUACUCCCGAGAUUUUAGUUCUGGGUCAAGCAGGAAAAGUGAUGGUGUUCAUCUGUUAGGAUAAUGCCCAUUAAUACUUAAUUUG